GAUUCUGUUUUAUCCUUCGGUAGAGUAGAUCGUGAACACUCAAUUCUCGCACCCUCCAAUCUAACGGCAACAGACGCAAUGGAUUUCAUCAACAAGCUCGCCAACCAAACCGGCAGCAACCAGGGCGACAAAGCCCAGGGCCAGCAAGCCACCAGCCAGCACCAAAACCAGCAGUCCGGUUCCGGCUCUGGUGGCUUCCUCGACAAGCUCCAGGGCAUGGCCGGCGGCGGUGCUCAAGGCGAGAAGAGAGAAGACGCCCUCGACAAAGGCAUCGAUUGGGUACAGGAGAAUAUCCUCAAGCAGGGUCCGCAAAACAACGAGAGCGCCACCGAGCAGGCCAAGGACCGCCUUAUCGCCCAGCAGAUCCGCGACCAGUACCGGAAUGCCACUGGAAAGGACUUCCCCAUCAAGGAGAAAGAGAAGAACGAGGCGGAGAAGGAGUCGGGAGGGCUGAGUGGCCUGUUCUAGCUAGUCAGCUCUAGGCAUAUUCCAGCUUGGUUUCACUGCUGCUCAAUGUCUUGCUGUUCUGCUUUACCCCAUCUUCCCGGAGUAAAUGGAUCGAGUAUCCAUUUUGGGAGACGAGUUGAUGCAGACCGGUAACCCCUAACCCACGACGUCGCUUUCUUGAGAGUUGUACGUCCACCACCAGACGAAGCGUGUGCCGGUUCAAUCAGCACGCCAUUCGGAACAUCAUUACAGAACAGACCGGCACCCUUUUCGGCAGUGUGAGGGAUGUGUGGAUGGAACAGGCGUUGAUCCUAGCGCCGAAGUUAGUGAGCCUUCGGGGGCCAGGUAAAAUGGGGUCAAUCUAUGGCUUGUCCGGGGAUUCAAAAUUCCUAUCUCGCAGAACUGAAAGAGUCGACAGUGUCCCUCCUCACACCGGAGCAAAGCCAGCAUGCCAGAAAUCUCAGAAGGACCGGCAAGGAGCAGCGUACCAGAAUUCCCAAAAACGCCGCGAUCUUUACGGGCCGCGGAGCACCAGCUGGCAUGUAGACGGCAGGAAGUAAACCCAAGGAACCAUGC